UAUAAUAUGAAGUUGUUCGUAGUGGUGAGUGCCACUAUCAUCGCCUUGGUGCAAGGUCGACCCCAGUACAACUACCCCGCACCUUCACCACCAAGCGGCAGCUAUGGGGUACCCUCAGGCGGGUCCGCGGGCGGAAGGGGAACCAUCGGGGGUGGAUUUGGUGGUAUCUCGACAGGAGGCUUUGGGGGCGUAGGUGGGGGAAGUUUUAGUGGAAUCGGAGGCCUUGGGGGAAUUGGAAGCGGCGGUUUUGGAGGUGGUAGUGGAAGAGGACCUAUCGAUGGCGGAUUCAUUAGCGGAGGAGGGGGAGGUGGUCUUGUUGGAGGCGGAGUUGUUAGUGGAGGAAGCGGACUUGUUGGUGGAGGAGGUGGAGGUGGAAUUGUUGGUGGAGGAGGUGGUGGAGGUAUCCUGGUCCAAAAACACAUCUACGUCCACGUAGCUCCCCCAGAGCCAGAGGAUGUAAGACCUCGGAGACCGCUUUCCGCUGGCCAAGCCACCAAGCAUUACAAGAUCAUCUUCAUCAAGGCCCCGUCAGCUCCUGAUGCAACCGCUCCCACUAUUCCUCUGCAAGCUCAGAACGAAGAAAAGACCUUGAUUUACGUUCUAGUGAAGAGACCAGAAGAAGCUGGAGACAUCACCAUACCCACAGCGGCACCCACUCAACCUUCCAAGCCAGAGGUGUACUUCAUUCGAUAUAAAUCCAAGACGGAGGCUACUGGUGGUACCGUUGGGGGAGGCGGUACUAUUGGAGGAGGUGGCAUUAUUGGAGGAGGCGGUACAAUUGGGGGAGGUGGCGUUAUUGGAGGCGGUGGUACCAUUGGAGGUGGCGAUGCUCUUGGAGGCGGCGGUACUCUGGUAGGAGGUGGGGGCUCUCUGAUAGGUGGCGGCGGUACCAUUGGAGGCGGCGGUGGCACUAUUGGAGGAGGCGGUGGUACUAUUGGAAUCACGACGGGAACAAGUUCAGCAUCGAUUACCACUGGCGGUGGAAGACCUUCCACACAGUAUGGUCCACCAGGUCAAAGUGGGCCAUAUUAAUCUUUAUCGGCAGUUUAAAUCGAAAUGUGAUUAUUAGACGUUCCAAAAUCCAGUAAAUCUAAACGAAAUUGUUCCCAACAACAUAGUAUAAUAUGCUUUGCCUAUAUUUUUUAAACUUAUUACGUAGUUCCUUUCAUUUUGGAACGUCUAUACGUGUAAAAAGGUACCAUUCAU